AUGUCUCCCGUCGAGAAAGGAGGUGUUCUUGGUGACGCAGAGGCUGAUUACUCUGGUGCUGUCAAAAAGACUGAUCCUGCAGAGAUUCGUCUUGUGAGGAAGCUUGACUUUCGCAUCAUGCCUACUCUGUGGGCCAUGUACUUUCUCAACUAUCUGGAUCGAAAUGCUAUUGCUCAGGCAAGGUUGAACGGAUUGGAGGAUGAUCUCGGUCUCAGGGGAACUCAGUACAACACCUGUAUCUCCAUCCUAUUCGUCGGCUACCUGCUCAUGCAAAUCCCCUCCAACAUGUUAAUCUCGUCGAAACGCGUCCGACCCUCCAUCUACAUGUCCAUCUGCAUGAUGGGCUGGGCGGUCGUAUCCGCCUGCACCGCUCUCGCAAAGAACUACACGGGCCUCGUGCUCCUCCGAUUCUUCCUCGGUGUCGCAGAAGCUCCCUUCUAUCCCGGUGCUCUAUACCUUCUUUCCAUCUUUUACACUCGAAAGGAGAUUGCUACGAGACUGUCGAUUUUAUACUCGGGAAAUAUCUUUGCUACUUCUUUCUCUGGUCUUAUUGCCGCUGCUACUUUUGGCACUAUUGAUGGGCAUCAUGGACUCAAGGGAUGGCAGUGGCUUUUCAUCAUUGAGGGCGUUUUGACCUUUGCGGUUGGAAUCAUUGGCAUGUUUACCCUUGCUGAUAGUCCCUUGACUACACGAUGGUUGAAGCCCGAGGAGCGACAGCUCGCUCAUGACAGAAUGGUUCGUGAUACUGUGGGAUUCGAAGAGAGCAAGGGAGCUCGAGCCGGAUUCUCCCAGGCUAUCCGAGAUCCUCGUCUGUGGCUGUUCUGCUUCAUUCAGAACAUGCAUCUUUCUGCUUGUUCGUUCAACAACUUCUUCCCCACUGUUGUUGGAUCUCUUGGCUUCAACAGCACGAUCACUCUUGUCCUUACUUGCCCUCCCUACCUCGUUUCCGGUUUCUUUGGUUACCUGGCUGGUCUCUCUUCCGGAAGAUACAACGAACGAACGUGGCACAUCACAGUUUGCAUGGGUAUCGCUCUUGUCGGUUACAUCAUCUCCUGCGCAACUCUCAACACACCAGCUCGCUACAUCGCCUGUUUCUUGUUCGCCAGUGGUGCGUAUGCAGUCAACUCCAUGAUCCUAGGCUGGGUGUCGGCAACUCUCGGUUCAACUCCAGAGAAAAAGUCUGUGAGCUUAUCCAUCGUCAACGUCAUCGCCAAUGCGUCCUACAUCUACACGGCGUACCUAUACCCCAAGAGCGACGGACCCCGCUAUCUUACUGGUAUGGCUAGUAACGCUGCCUUUGCUGUCAUGUGCAUUGCUUCGACUUGGGUCAUGAGGACUUGGCUUGUUCGCACCAACAAGAAGCUUGACCGGGAUGGUAACGUGGACGCAACUAGGUAUGCCUACUAA